ACCCAAGCCGACAGUGCUGCACCCAGCGGCAGAAAUCGAAAGCUCAUUUCGUCCAGAAACAAUUACAAUUCGUUCAACAAUAAUUAUUAAAUACAAUUCAUAAUAGCUAUAAAUUAAUUAAGGAGUCUUGUUCAAACGUUAUAAUUACUUUAGCAGCUUUUUAGACAAGGGCUUUGGAUCAAAAACACCUUUUGACAGUCCAAUAAAUACGGAAUUCAAGUUAUAAAAUUUAUAGCUGGGACAACUCUGCGUUUAAUGGAGUUACGCCACCAACCAUCCUGUGGAUUUGACAACUUCAAAAAAGUAAAUAUAGGUUAUGGUUAUGCUGUUCGCGAAAGAUAACAUUGUUUAAGAAUUAUAAAUAUAACAAAACUGACUAGUAGAUACCAAAAAAAAUUAAGAAAUGCUCAGAAAUGUAUUAUCACCCUUACGUCGUGGAAGUUUCCAGGUCACAUCUAUCAGACAAGCUCAAAAAAAAUAUCCCAAAGUAGAUAAAAAGGUUCAAGCAGCGGCAGAAUCCUUAGCGGCAAGAGGCUUCCUACGUCCCACCAAGUCAUGGGAUCCACCUACAAACAUCAAUGAAACAAUUCUGAAAAUAUGUGCAACAUGUGGAUUAAAUGGAAAUUCAGAAUUUGAAGCAUUGGACACAAAAUUUACAGUUCUCAAAGCUUGUUAUGAAGAAACAGGCCAUAGUGUGCCUAAUUCACUUUUGCAUACAAUUGAAACAGUUGAUGACCUAACAGAAUUUUACAAAACACCUGUGUACACAACUACACCGUUUGAUGCUCUGAAGUUAAUGGAUCUACCCAAAAAUCUACAUGUUCAAAAAGAUUAUGUUAGAUUUCAUCCAGAUACGGACACUUUAUUCAAUGGCGUCUCCGCUUUUCCGAAGAGUUCGACUAUUGUAACCGGCCUUAAAGCACGGAAGAAGUAUGAAGGCUACAAUGCUAAAAGGAAAUGGCCUUGAUUCAAUACAUGUUUUCAAUAGCUUCUAAAUUACUUAGUUCAUGGAAUAAAUUUUAUGGAAAA